AAAAUUUAAUAGUCUUCGACGAGACAACAGUUCAGUUAUCUAAAAAAAAAUGAUUCCCGAGUUAUGGGCAAAGGGAAAUUGUUUUAGUCAAAGAAUAGCACAGCAUACAUUCGAGAAAUAUAAACAUCUACUAAAAUGGAAAAAUAGUGAAAGUAUCUUUGAGUUUGGUGCGGCAGAUGGAAAAACUUCAGUCAUGUCAGUGCUACCAGCUUUACCAAAGGAUUACAAAGAGUAUGUUCUCACUGACGUAUCAUCUAAUAUGGUAGAAUAUAUGAAGAAAAAUCUAAACAUACCCAGAAGUAAGAUCAUUCAACAUGAUAUUGCUACCGUUAACCUUCAAGAUGAAUUAAAAAACAAGUUUGAUCACAUUUUUGGUUUAUUUGUGAUGCACAUGGUGCCGAAUCCAAGACAAGGUUUCAUUAACAUUAACAGAAUGCUCAAGCCAGGAGGUCAAGCACUUGUAUCAUUCCCAGAACGCACACCGAUGGAUCCUGCUUUCCACAACCUGCUUAAGUAUCCAAAGUGGUCAAGAUAUGGACAUAUGCUAUCGUCACAUUACUACAGUGAUAACGCAGAAGAAUCCUAUAAACAAGAUAUUGAUUCUGCAGGGUUCAAAUCAUACAUUUUCCAUGUCGAAAAGGAUUACAAGAUCUGGUUUGACAGCGAGGAGAGCAGAAGAAGUGUAUUUACCUCAGUGAAUAACGUACUGCCAAGGAUACCCGAAGAACUUAGGGAUGAAUACUUAAGGGAUUACCACAAAGAGAUAGAAAGUAAUGGUCAAAUAUUGUUUAUGGAAAGAAAUGGGCAAAAAAUACCAUAUGUAAAUAAUAAAUUAAUUGGUGUUGUAAUGACCAAACACGAAUAAAUGUUGAAAUGAUAGUAAUUCUAUGUUUUCUGAA